UUGCACUUCUGGAAUGUACAAAUACCCCAUCGACCCAACAAUGCGCACCCGCCUCAAGGCCUGGCUUCUGCGGAUCGACCUCAACAACAGUGCCAGUUGCCAUGAAGACGAUUCUCGUACUUGCGGCAUACCUGCUUGCCCGUGGAACGUGCGCGUGCGUUCCCGACUUUGCGGACAAGAUACUGUCUGAUCCGCUUAUACUCCAACAUCCGGCAGUGAUUGCUGCAUUCAAACAAGUGCAGCAGAAUCUCUCGUCGCUAUACAUUGACACUACCCGUGAUGGACUCAGCUUCGCCGUCGUUCAUGCGUCAAGCCCAGAGCCAGCCUACACGUUCAACAACGGAACGCUGAAGUUCAAUGAGACUGAUCUCGCCCCCGCUGGAGCGAAUGAAGUGACCAGCGAUUCUAUCUUCCGCUUGAUUUCCGUUUCGAAAAACGUCGCAAUGGCAUCCGCUCUAGUUAUCGAGAACCAACUGAGACGAAAUUCAUCUUCGUCCUCAUCGCUCCUUACCAUUGACACGCCCAUUCGUCAACUACUUCCCUCGUUCGCUCUGCCAGAGAAUGACUGGAACAAUGGCGGCAGUGAGAUAACACUCCGUAUGCUUGCAAGUCAUACAGCAGGAAUCCCGAGAGAAAGCUAUAGUACUGGCUUCAACAUGAUUCUCAGUACCGGUAAAGCGGAUGCGCCUACUAUUGGAUCGGCCUGGGCAGGCGAAAGCGCGCAGAAUGUUAUCGACGGAAUCGCGACAAGGAAUUUGAUGUUCGCACCAGGACAGAGAGCUGCUUACUCCAAUGCUGGACUGGGACUUCUGGGUGCCGCUGUCGCCGCUUACUACAAUAAUGUGACUUCUUCCUCUCUGACCUGGUCCGAGCUUGCGACUCAAGAACUGCUGUUGAGCCUGAAUAUGACGCAUAGCUUUUUUGGAACCAUUCCACAAGAUCACCACCCAGAUGUGGGUAUCCCAGGCGGUGACAACUGGGCCGAUCUGAUCAUAGGCGAGGGCUAUGAUCCAGCAGCCGGCAUGUGGAGCUCCGCAAACGACCUCGCCAGUUAUCUAUAUAAUCUAUGGCUUACUCCCGAACCCACGCUUAUUACGCUGUUCCAGCGUCGCCAAGUCAUGAAACCAAGUGUCAUCCUUCCAGACGGCAAACAGCAAAGCGGCCCAGGAUGGGAGAUCGAGAUCUUGUCGUUGCCGACGAGUGAAAAUGCCAGUCUGGCAGAAGAAAGUAAAAAGACAUACAGCAUCUUCGGAAAGUCUGGUGACGGUGGAGGCUGGCAUAGCUGGAUUGACAAUAUACCAAACCUUGGAUAUGGUAUUAUCGUGUUAGCGCAGCAAUCUGGCCUGGCGGAAUAUACAGGAAUAUCGACGAGCAUGAUCAGGGCAGCUAUGCAUGACAUCCUUGCGCCUGCGUUUGCGGAAGCGUUGAGCGAGAGAACAAAGGAGCGAUACGCAGGGUUCUAUAAUGCUGGCGAAGACACUGGACUAAUCACUGAUCAAGUUGGCGCUGCUCUCUCAAACUCCUCCUCAACGUAUGCAGAUCUCGUGGUUCAAGACCAGAUCCUAUACCUCCGCUCCUUGAUUGUGAACGGUUCAUCGGCGCUUGAGGCUAUAGACCGUCUGUCCUGGACUGCCGAUGCACAGCCACGCUACUUCUCCACCCCCCAGGGUGUUGUUUUAGAGCCGGCUGAAGGCGUAGGCGAGGCAAAUGAAUUUGGACCUGGAGCGCAGGUUUGGAGGAUGAUCUUUCCAGGACUAGAGACUUGCGAUUGGUUUGACUUCGACGGCUAUCAAGACAACAAUGGAUGGCCUGUGAGCAAGGUCGUCCUACUUGAGACAAAUGCGGGAGUUGAGUUGCAUUACCCGCCAUUCGACAUUGUGGUGAGUCGGAUGAGGAUACACAAGUAGAAGGCCUCGCCGACAUGUCCUGCGGGUACCUGGCUGCGAGUCGGUGCAAGGAUGAGGCCCUGUCAUUAAGUUAGUUAUCCGCUUUCGGCAUAGUGCUUGUUGUCACGCGAGGAUCCGAUCCGUCUUAUCGUCUAAUGUCUCCCUCGAACACC